AGAAGCGAGGUUGACUGGGGAGGAGGGGGGGGUGGGGGAGGAAGAGGAAGGAGGGGACGUCGCUCGGCUGCCGGGGUCGCCCGCUGGCUUCGUCCGCACCCCCCCCUUCGCGAGUUCGCGCUCCACGGCGGCGGCGGCGGCGGCGGCUCCGAGGAGGCGGCGGCGGCGGCGGCGACUCCGGGGCUCGCCUCCCCUUACGCGCCAGCGGGGGCCGAGGGGGGGAGUCGGUGGCUUGGAGAUAAACAAGGCGGCGGCAGCGGCGGCGGCGGCUAAGGAACAGGGGGAAGGCGGAGGCGGCGGCCGGCCCGCAGCGCCAGCCCGGGAGGCAGUGGCGGCGGCCCUGAGAGGCGGGGAGGGCGCCGGGCCGCGCGGACAGCGCCCCCCGCCGCCGCCGCCGGAGCCGCCGCAGCAGCAGCAGCCGUCGCCGUCGCCGCCCGAGCAGGAAGGAGCCGCGCGGCCCACCGCGGACCUCCCCCGGCCCCGGCCCCGGCCCGCUGUCCCCGGCGCGGCGUCGCCGUCGCCGCCGCGGCGCCUCCCGCCCGCCAGCCGCCGGCGGCCCUCGCGCCCUCCUCCGGCGGCGGCAGCGGCAGCGGCACGGCCGCCCCGCGCUCCCCGGCGAGGCGCCGCCGCCGCCGCCGCCGCCCGGCCCGGCCUCGCCUCGGACGCCUCGCUCCGACAUGCCCCGCUUUGGCGGCCGGGCUCGCGGAGGAUCAUGACUGCGGCAGCGAACUGGGUGGCGAACGGGGCGAGCCUGGAGGAUUGUCACUCCAACCUCUUCUCGCUGGCUGAACUCACAGGAAUCAAAUGGCGUAGGUACAAUUUUGGAGGGCAUGGGGACUGUGGACCCAUAAUUUCAGCCCCAGCCCAAGAUGAUCCAAUCCUGUUAAGCUUCAUCCGCUGUCUGCAAGCCAACCUGCUGUGUGUAUGGCGUCGUGAUGUCAAACCAGAUUGCAAAGAAUUAUGGAUAUUUUGGUGGGGAGACGAACCCAACCUAGUGGGCGUAAUACAUCAUGAACUGCAGGUUGUGGAAGAAGGACUGUGGGAAAAUGGCCUUUCCUAUGAAUGUAGGACGCUGCUCUUCAAAGCGAUCCACAAUCUGUUAGAAAGGUGCCUAAUGGAUAAGAACUUCGUUAGGAUUGGGAAAUGGUUUGUUCGACCCUAUGAAAAGGAUGAAAAGCCAGUCAACAAAAGUGAGCAUUUGUCCUGUGCGUUCACGUUCUUUCUUCAUGGAGAAAGCAAUGUGUGCACAAGUGUGGAGAUUGCCCAGCACCAGCCAAUUUAUUUGAUCAACGAGGAGCACAUACACAUGGCUCAGUCUUCACCUGCACCAUUUCAAGUACUGGUAAGUCCUUAUGGCUUAAAUGGCACGCUAACUGGCCAAGCAUACAAGAUGUCAGAUCCAGCCACCCGCAAGUUAAUCGAAGAAUGGCAGUAUUUCUACCCGAUGGUGCUAAAAAAGAAAGAGGAGUUGAAAGAGGAAGAGGACUUGGGAUACGAUGAUGAUUUCCCUGUGGCAGUUGAAGUAAUUGUGGGAGGUGUUCGGAUGGUCUACCCUUCAGCUUUUGUUUUGAUCUCUCAGAAUGACAUCCCAGUCCCUCAGAGUGUUGCCAGUUCUGGAGGCCAUAUUACAGUUGGGCAACAGGGGCUUGGUAGUACGAAGGACCCAAGUAACUGUGGAAUGCCUUUGACUCCUCCCACCUCUCCAGAGCAGGCUGUCAUAGGUGAAAGUGGAGGUAUGCAGAGUACCGCCAGUCACUUAAGUUCCCAAGAUGGGGGGAUGGUACCUACGCACAGUCCAAAGAGGUCGGGGAGGAUUCCUCCAAAGCUUCACAAUCACAUGGUCCAUCGAGUCUGGAAAGAAUGCAUCCUUAACAGAGCCCAGUCCAAGAGGAGCCAAAUGUCAACUCCAACACUUGAAGAAGAGCCUGCUAACAAUCCUCCUACUUGGGAUUUUGUGGAUCCAACCCAAAGAGUCAGCUGUUCUUGUUCCAGGCAUAAAUUUUUAAAACGUGCAGUAGGACCCAGUCGACCUCCCACAAUAUCUCAGCCAGGGUUCACUGUAGGACCAUCAUCAUCUUCAUCUUUACCGCCUCCUGCUUCUUCUAAGCACAAAACCACAGAAAGACAAGAAAAAGGAGACAAGUUGCAAAAGAGACCCUUGAUACCAUUUCACCAUAGGCCCUCUGUGGCUGAAGAGUUAUGCAUGGAACAAGACACACCAGGACAGAAGCUGGGGUUGGCAGGAAUAGACUCCUCCUUAGAGGUGUCUAGCAGUCGAAAGUAUGAUAAGCAAAUGGCCGUGCCUUCCAGAAAUACAAGCAAGCAAAUGAAUCUGAAUCCUAUGGAUUCACCUCAUUCCCCCAUUUCCCCUCUGCCACCAACACUCAGCCCUCAGCCACGAGGUCAGGAAACAGAGAGUUUGGACCCCCCUUCUGUCCCUGUGAAUCCUUCCCUCUAUGGAAAUGGGCUAGAACUUCAGCAGUUGUCCACUCUAGAUGACAGAACUGUCCUCGUAGGCCAAAGACUGCCUCUGAUGGCAGAGGUCAGUGAGACAGCCUUAUACAGCGGAAUUAGGCCCUCAAACCUGGAGUCAUCAGAAAAGUGGUGGCAUAGUUUUCGUCUCCCGCCCAGUGAUGAUGCUGAGUUCAGGCCUCCAGAGCUCCAGGGUGAGAGAAGUGAUGCCAGAACGGAGGUGAACUCAGAGAGCACGGCACUGCAGAGACUCUUAGCACAACCUAACAAACGGUUUAAGAUCUGGCAACACAAGCAGCCCCAGAUGCAGCCGCUCCAUUUCCUUGACCCACUGCCUCUGUCACAGCAACCUGGAGACAGUCUGGGAGAAGCCAAUGACCCUUACACCUUUGAGGACGGUGACAUCAAAUACAUCUUCACAGCAAAUAAGAAAUGCAAACAAGGGGCAGAGAAGGACUCCCUGAAAAAGAAUAAGUCAGAGGAUGGAUUUGGUACCAAGGAUGUCACUACACCAGGUCAUUCCACGCCGGUGCCUGAUGGGAAAAAUGCCAUGUCUAUUUUCAGUUCUGCUACUAAAACAGAUGUCCGGCAGGAUAAUGCUGCUGGCAGAGCUGGCUCCAGUAGCCUUACACAGGUGACAGAUUUGGCACCUUCCCUGCAUGACUUAGACAACAUCUUUGAUAAUUCUGAUGACGAUGAACUUGGGGCUGUAUCCCCUGCACUGCGCUCAUCGAAAAUGCCUGCAGUUGGGACUGAAGAACGACCUCUUGGGAAGGAUGGAAGAGCGGCCGUUCCUUACCCACCAACAGUUGCAGACUUGCAAAGGAUGUUCCCCACCCCUCCAUCUUUGGAACAGCAUCCUGCAUUUUCGCCUGUGAUGAACUACAAGGAUGGAAUAAAUUCGGAGACAGUGACAGCAUUAGGCAUGAUGGAGAGUCCUAUGGUUAGUAUGGUUUCCACACACCUCACAGAAUUCAAAAUGGAAGUGGAAGAUGGAUUAGGAAGUCCCAAGCCAGAGGAGAUAAAGGACUUUUCAUAUGUGCACAAAGUCCCAGCCUUCCAGUCUUUUGUGGGAUCCUCCAUGUUUGCUCCACUGAAGAUGCUGCCGAGCCAUUGCCUGCUGCCUCUGAAGAUGCCUGACGCCUGUCUCUUCCGGCCUUCGUGGGCAAUUCCUCCCAAAAUCGAACAACUGCCCAUGCCCCCUGCAGCCACUUUUAUUAGAGAUGGCUACAAUAAUGUGCCUAGUGUCGGGAGCCUAGCAGAUCCAGACUAUCUGAACACACCACAGAUGAACACGCCGGUGACAUUGAAUAGCGCUGCCCCAGCCAGCAACAGUGGGGCAGGAGUCCUCCCAUCUCCAGCUACCCCUCGCUUCUCUGUCCCCACACCACGAACCCCUAGGACCCCAAGAACUCCCAGAGGUGGGGGCACUGCCAGUGGUCAAGGGUCUGUUAAAUACGACAGCACUGAUCAGGGGUCCCCAGCCUCUACCCCCUCUACCACACGGCCCCUUAAUUCUGUGGAACCUGCCACCAUGCAGCCAAUUCCUGAGGCCCACAGUCUCUAUGUCACCCUGAUUCUGUCAGAUUCUGUGAUGAAUGUCUUUAAGGACAGAAACUUUGACAGCUGUUGCAUCUGUGCCUGUAACAUGAACAUCAAAGGAGCAGAUGUCGGGCUUUACAUCCCUGACUCUUCCAAUGAGGACCAGUACCGCUGUACCUGUGGCUUCAGCGCAAUCAUGAACCGCAAACUUGGCUAUAAUUCAGGACUCUUCCUUGAAGAUGAAUUGGAUAUUUUUGGGAAGAAUUCUGACAUUGGUCAGGCUGCAGAGAGGCGCUUAAUGAUGUGUCAGUCCACCUUUCUUCCUCAGACGGAGGGAGCCCGGAAGUCCCCGGAGCCACCCAUAAGCCUUCUCCUUCUCCUCCAGAAUCAGCAUACACAACCUUUUGCUUCUUUGACGUUCCUGGACUACAUUUCCUCUAACAGUCGCCACACUCUUCCCUGUGUGAGCUGGAGCUAUGACCGGGUGCAGGCGGAUAACAAUGAUUACUGGACAGAGUGCUUCAAUGCACUGGAGCAGGGACGGCAGUAUGUGGACAACCCCACAGGCGGAAAGGUGGACGAAGCCUUGGUGAGAAGUGCCACUGUUCAUUCGUGGCCUCACAGCAACGUUCUGGACAUCAGCAUGCUGUCCUCCCAGGAUGUGGUGCGUAUGCUGCUGUCCCUGCAGCCCUUUCUCCAAGAUGCCAUCCAGAAGAAGCGCACAGGCAGGACCUGGGAGAACAUCCAGCAUGUGCAGGGGCCCCUAACCUGGCAGCAGUUCCACAAGAUGGCAGGACGUGGAACCUAUGGUUCAGAAGAAUCUCCUGAGCCGUUGCCCAUCCCCACUCUGCUGGUAGGCUAUGACAAGGACUUCCUGACCAUCUCACCAUUCUCCUUGCCCUUUUGGGAGAGGCUACUGUUGGACCCAUAUGGGGGCCACCGUGAUGUUGCCUAUAUUGUGGUGUGUCCAGAAAAUGAGGCCUUGCUCGAAGGAGCCAAAACUUUCUUCAGGGACUUGAGUGCUGUAUAUGAGAUGUGUAGGCUUGGGCAGCACAAGCCCAUCUGCAAAGUGCUACGCGACGGAAUCAUGCACGUGGGGAAGACCGCGGCCCAGAGACUGGCAGACGAGCUUGUGAGCGAGUGGCUGAACCAGCCCUGGAGCAGUGAGGAGAGUGACAAUCAUUCCAGACUCAAACUUUAUGCGCAAGUUUGCCGCCAUCACCUAGCACCUUACUUAGCUACUCUGCAGCUCGACGGCAGCCUGCUGACGCCACCUAAGUUCCAGAGCCCGCCAGCAGCACAGGGACAAGCAGUGCCUGGUGCUGGGCCUUUACCUUCAACUCCAGGCUCAGCAGCUCCCCCAGCUGGCAGUGCAUUUAAUCCUACCCCUCACAGCGGUUCUACAAACCCUGGAGCAAGUAGCUCCUCGGCUGGCUCCUCUGCGCCAUCCGGCUCAUCGGCUGCCUCUGCUCCCGGGAUUAACCAGAUAAGCACUGCCUCCUCUUCAGGUUUCAGUGCUGGUGUGGUAGGGCAGAACCCCAGCACUGGGGGCAGUUCCACGGAUAGAACACAAGGGAACAUCACCUGUGGCGGAGACCCUGAGUCUGGGCAGAGCUCCACCCAGUCCUCACAGGAUGGACAAGACAGUGUUACAGAAAGGGAGAGAAUAGGGAUUCCCACGGAGCCCGACUCUGCAGACAGCCAAGCCUACCCUCCAGCCGUUGUCAUUUACAUGGUGGACCCAUUUACCUACACUGCAGAGGAGGACUCCACUGCCGGAAACUUCUGGCUGCUGAGCUUGAUGCGCUGUUACACAGAGAUGCUGGACAAUUUACCUGAGCACAUGCGACGCGCUCUCAUUCUCCAGAUCGUGCCUUGCCAGUACAUGCUGCAGACAACGAAGGAUGAGCAAGUUUUCUACGUUCAGUACUUGAAGUCCAUGGCAUUCUCAGUGUACUGCCAGUGCCGGCGACCUCUGCCAACACAGAUCCACAUUAAAUCCCUCACGGGAUUUGGGCCUGCAGCCAGCAUUGAGAUGACCCUCAAGAACCCAGAGAGGCCCAGCCCAAUCCAGGUUUACUCCCCUCCCUUUAUUUUGGCCCCAAUCAAAGACAAGCAGACCGAGCUGGGAGAGACCUUUGGUGAGGCGAGCCAGAAGUACAAUGUGCUCUUUGUGGGCUAUUGCCUGUCUCAUGACCAGCGCUGGCUCUUGGCUUCCUGCACUGACCUCCAUGGGGAGUUAUUAGAGACCUGCGUUGUAAAUAUUGCUUUACCAAACAGGUCACGGAAGAGUAAGGUAUCUGCACGUAAGAUUGGCCUACAAAAACUGUGGGAAUGGUGCAUAGGGAUUGUCCAAAUGACGUCUCUACCCUGGAGAGUUGUAAUUGGGCGUCUUGGGCGUCUUGGCCACGGGGAGCUUAAAGAUUGGAGUAUCCUCCUUGGAGAAUGUUCACUACAGACAAUCAGCAAACAGCUCAAGGAUGUGUGCCGGAUGUGUGGAAUCUCUGCCGCAGACUCUCCUUCUAUCCUUAGUGCCUGUCUGGUUGCCAUGGAGCCCCAGGGGUCCUUUGUAGUGAUGCCAGAUGCUGUCACAAUGGGCUCUGUUUUUGGCCGCAGUACUGCACUGAACAUGCAGUCAUCUCAGCUGAACACCCCUCAAGAUGCUUCUUGCACACACAUCUUGGUGUUCCCAACCUCGUCAACCAUUCAAGUGGCUCCAGCCAACUAUCCCAACGAAGACGGAUUCAGCCCCAACAAUGAUGAUAUGUUUGUUGACCUCCCAUUCCCAGAUGAUAUGGACAAUGACAUUGGCAUAUUAAUGACUGGGAACCUCCACUCCUCUCCCAACUCCUCCCCAGUUCCCUCCCCAGGCUCUCCUGGAAUUGGUGUGGGCUCGCACUUCCAGCACAGUCGGAGCCAGGGCGAGCGCCUCCUCUCGAGAGAAGCUCCAGAGGAGCUCAAGCAGCAGCCUCUGGCCCUUGGGUACUUUGUGUCGACUGCCAAAGCUGAGAAGCUCCCCCAGUGGUUUUGGUCAUCAUGUCCUCAGGCACAGAACCAGUGCCCUCUCUUCCUAAAGGCUUCACUCCAUCACCACAUCUCUGUAGCACAGACAGAUGAACUUCUGCCUGCCAGGAAUUCUCAGCGGGUCCCACACCCUCUGGACUCCAAGACCACAUCUGAUGUUUUAAGGUUUGUGUUGGAGCAGUACAACGCCCUGUCCUGGCUCACAUGCAAUCCGGCCACCCAGGACCGUACUUCCUGCCUCCCCGUCCACUUUGUGGUGCUCACUCAGUUGUACAAUGCCAUCAUGAAUAUACUCUGAUUGGAGAAGCAUUUGUUCUCUCUGGCUCAGUUCCUUCUGCAGCCUCGGUCCGAGGAACCUGCUGCCCUCUGCAAAUGCCCCGUCCUUUUCUUCAGACCACUCUCCACAGUCCUGCACUGUGACACCUUCUCAGCAGGCACAUGUCCAUUCUGCAGUGUUCAUUGCCACAGUGACUCCUUGACACUUCUCACGUGGACCUGGAAACUUCGAUAAGUAGUGACGUGCAGCCAGUGUGUGGUGUGUGCAGCUCCCAGCCCCAGGAAGUGGUGGCUGCUGGUGUGUUUUAAGAGGAAAACAGAAGAGACAGUAUCCUUUUGCACAAGAAUUUGUGUUCUCAGCCUCUGUUUAAAAUUGAGGGCAGCUCAGCCCUUUGGAUGAAAUCCUCUAGCUACUGGUGUAUGGCCUGUGGGUUACCUGAACUCCAAAACCUGGGACUUCUGAAGCUGAGAACCAGCUAAUGGACGUGAUUUAAUAGUGGGGUUUCCAUCUUGCUGUGCACCCAUCACAGUUGGCAAGAGAGCAUGUGCAUACAGAAGGUCUGGAGACAGCUUCAUUUUGUUUAUUUAUUUUAAGUUGUUUUGUCAUGGCUUUUGUGACUUUCUUUUAAUUCUGUAAUUCUUGAGGACCAGGUACAGUAGCUGAAACCCAACUCAGAUCAAUCAUAGGAUUCUUGACUACAUACCUCUGUCCUAGAAGCGGGAAAAGGAGUGAAAACAAGUAAAAAGUAAUAUAUUUUCAAAAGCACCCAGUGUAGGUUUUAUUCAGAACACACUGGGUCUUAAAGUUCUGCUGUGCUAAGUGGCCAGCACUUAGCAUGACCCCGAAAGCAGUCAAGCUGAACCCAGAGCUGUGGAGGCAAGUACUUCAGUCAGUUUUCUAUACAGUCAUGUGGAAAAUACUUUUCUAGAGAAUUCUCAUUGAAAGCCAGGUCUCUUCUCUCAUUAGAUCAAAAGGACUCAUGUACAUACCACAGUCAAAAGUGUUUGCUCAUAAAAUCAGUUAUAAAAAUGGUGAAUUUUUUCUGGGCCAUAGGAAUAAUAUUUCAAAGAAAUAUUGCAACUUAACCAUUUAAAUUAGUACUUGAAGUUGACCUUCAUGGUGGGACUUUUUUUUAAAUGCCUUUUUAAAGCAUUAAUGGCUAAUUGAAGUAUUUUAUGACUCCUCACUCCAGGCCCGAGGGUUGUCUUUGAGACCCUGUUUGUAACCUUGUGUCUUGUGUCGCUGUGUUUCUGUCUGAGGACAGUGGGCAUGGACUGGCCUCCUGCAGCUGCCCGACCAGGCCGAGCCAUGAGCUCCUUCAGCUGUGGAGGAGAGAAUCAUGCAAAUUUUAAAAGUUCUUCCAAGAGACUUUGAUGUCCUGGUUAUUAACAAAAAGAGGAAAAUGUAAUAAUUGAUAGGAUUUUGUAAAAGUAUUUUUCUUGAAAUAAUCUAACGUUUAAAACAUUAUAUUAAAGCGUGUGGUGGGAAGGUGAAAGCAGAGAGGUCAGUGUGAUGGGUGACUUUGCUCUCUGUUCCACCAACCGAAGGGGGAGGGGCUGACUUUCGCAAUGUAUAGAUGAAAAUCUGAUAUAUCAAAACCAUUUGUAUCUAACGUGUACAGUGUAAAAUUGACUUUAAAAAUAUUGCAGUUGCUAUUUUUUCUUAAUCAGAAAGGAAAAUUCUCAAGGCCUUUUGAAGAGCAUAAGAUGAAGAUUGUAAACUUGUAUAAAAUUACCUUGGUGAGAAGACAUUGUAAAGUAGAUAUUUGUAAUCUUUUACCACUUUGGGGUUGCUUUUUUUCCCAGAAUCCAUCAGAACUUUGAAUUUUUUUUAAAUGGGCUGUUUUUAUGCCGGGGCUUUUCUUCCCUAGAUUCCCAAUUCUAAGCAGAAAAAGAGAAACAAAACAACAAACAAACAAACAAAAAAAACCAAAAAACCCUACAAAAAAUUUUUUAAAAAAAAGGCAGCAAAGGGUAGUUUUCAUCUGGUGUCUUUUAUUUAAGUUUUUUAAGUUAAGAAAAGCUGGUGACAUAUUUAUACGUUUUUGUGCAAAAAUAAAUGAAUGGCAAUAGAUUUUAAAAAAUCUUAUGUACUUCUGUGUGAAAAGUCUGUAUAAUAUUUCCCUUAAAUAUGCAUUAUUUUACUUGUGAGUUUUUUACUGAAUUAAUCUGAAAUGUACAAGCCCUGGAUUUGCUACAGAGUGAGAGGUUAUUUUAUUUUUUUUUAUUUUUAAUUUUGGAAAUUCUGCAGAAAUCAGAACUCUUACAUGGUUUGAACUAAAAUGGGGAAGGGGGAGGGGAAAAGGGUGGGAUGGUCCAGCAUGCUUGUAUGUAUAUUUCAGAACCUUUUUUAAAUGUAAAAGCUGUACAUUUCUGGGAAGUUCUGAAUUUCUUUUGUUUCUUUUUUUCCUUCAAGCAUUUUGCAGUGAGCUUCUUUUAUAUAUAGCAAACAAUUUGAAAGAAUACAAAAUAUGUGAAAUUCAUUUAAAAAACCUACAGUAUAGCGCUGGUACAGUACACUAAAAGACUUUGAUAAAAAGAAACAAUAAUAAAAGCCUCAUUUUAAAUGUCAUUCAUAUACCUAGUGGAUGAGAGCUAUAUACUUUUACACACUUUUUUAGAGGAAUAAAUUAUUGAAUUACUGAAA